AUGCAGCAGAAGCAACUGACACGGAGUGAGUCGACCGUUGAGCAGUGGGACAGCUGGCCUACAUUGUCAGACGAAGCUGACGAAUCCCAUGCAAAAUCCUCCUUCGAAAGAUGGGUGAAGUCAUGGAAGUUUGAGCGAAUCUUCGCCAUCGUUUUGAUGAGCAACGCAAUCUUUCUGGGCAUCCAGACACAGUGGAGUUCCAUGCACUUGCACGAUGAGCUGCCAGUGGCAUUCCUGGUGCUGCAAAUGAUUUACGCCGCGCUCUUCAUCUUGGAGAUUUGCUUUCGGCUAGCAGCAUGGGGCCUAAAAGGGUUCUUCUGUUCUGACGACUGGCUUUGGCACAUGCUGGAUGUCUUCGUCUGGCUGACAGCUGUUCUGGAACUAGUGGCGGAUAUCAUGAGUUUGGAGGCCCAGCACGCCACCAGUAGCAGUGGCUUCAGAUUGUUGCGAAUCGUGAAGAUUGCGCGAUUCGCCCGUGCCAUUCGGAUCUUCAAGGUCUUGCGAUUCGUCCGGGCUUUGCGCAUUCUGCUGUUUUCCAUUCUGCACACGCUGAAGUCACUGAUAUGGUCUCAGGUCUUGCUCAUGAUCAUCAUCUUCUCAUUCGCCAUCUUGUUUUCAGACGCUACCAUUGCGUACGUGGUGGACAAUGACCUGGCGCAGUCCUUCGAUUCCACAACUCUGUUCAAGUAUUUCGGGUCCCCGCUACGGACCAUGACCACGCUUUUUCGCUCCAUAUCUGGAGGUGUCACGUGGGAAGAGCCUGCAAAUGCUUUGCAAGAUGUCGGCGGGGAAUGGGUUUUGCUGUUCACCGUUUACGUUGCAUUUUGCUUGUUCGCAGUCCUAAACGUGAUGGUGGGGGUGUUCUGUCAUUCCGCCAUCACGGGCGCCGAGAAAGACCAGGAUCUCCUGGUGCAAUCUUUAUUGCAAGAGAAGGAAGGCUUCAGGGAAAGGUUUCUGCAACUCUUCAAGCAGAUUGAUGAUGGCAGUGGACGAAUCACCCUCCUGGAGUUCGAAAACAGAUUCCAAGAUGAAUCUGUCAAGGCCCUUUUCGAGGCGCUGGAGCUUGGAGCUACAGAUGCCUGGACGCUUUUCCAGAUGCUGGACAAAGAUGGGGACCACAACAUCGAUGCUGAUGAGUUCAUUGACAGCUGCAUCCGCAUGAGAGGCUCUGCAAGAUCUGUUGACGUUUGUGGCCUGAGGCUGCAGACAGCAAAGAUACGAAGCCAGCUGUCAGAGCUGACAAGGGCAUCUGAGCAAAUGCAAGGAGUUAUUGUGGAGCUGGCGCGAAGCUGCCAGGGCCGCAGGAUGAUUUAG